AUGGUGAGAGUAAAACACAGGUAUGUCUUAACAGAGGUUGUCCAUGAGAAAAAGACCAAAGAUAUGAAACAACUAGCUUCAAUGGAGAAGAAAGAUAUCUUAAAAAUCUUAAAGAUCCAUAUAGUCGACCUCUUCGGUGACACUGGCGUUUGAAAAAUAGUUUCUAAUUUCCAAAUCAAGUAUUGGAACCCCUCUACAGGAAUCUUGAUCAUUAGAGUAGGAGCAAAGAAUGUAGACAUGGUCCAUCAGAUGCUGCCUUGGAUAACAUCACUCUCUACGGUUAUAUGAAAAGUGAAGACUAUUCACACCUCUGCCACUUUGAAAUUAAUAGAGUCGAAGUUGAAGAAAGUCAAUGCUAAAUUCUGCGUGAAGGCUGACCCAGAAGAAGAUAGCCAAUAA